AUGCCCUGGGAGCUGGGGAAGGACGGGCUGGGCAGGAAGGGACGUCCCCCACUGGGAGAGAUGCCCUGCAUCCAGGCGCAGUACGGCACCGCGGGCGCCGGCCCCUGCGAGCGCUGCCCGGCCGAGCUGCUCAGCCCCGAGGGCGGCCGGUUCCCCAUGGAAGUGGCAGGAGCCGACCUGGCGGCCGCCCCCGCCCUGCCCAGCUUCAGCACCUUCAUGGAGGGCUACGCCGGAGAGUUCGACGCCUUCCUCUACCAGCUGCCGGCCAGCGGCCAGUCCAGCACCGCCACCGCCUUCAAGCUGGAGGACUUCCAGGCCAUGCUGGCCGUGCUCCACACCGUCCUGCUGCACCGCAGCACCGGCAAGUUCCACUACAAGAAGGAGGGCACCUACUCCAUCGGCACCGUGGGCACCCAGGACGUGGACUGCGACUUCAUCGACUUCGCCUACGUGCGAGUCUCCUCCGAGGAGCUGGACCGGGCCCUGCGCAAGGCCGUGGGGGAGUUCAAGGACGCUCUGCGCGGCUCCGGCAGCGACGGGAUGGGGCAGAUCUCCCUGGAGUUCUACCAGAAGAAGAAGUCGCGGUGGCCCUUCUCGGACGAGUGCAUCCCCUGGGAGCUCUGGACCAUCAAGGUGAACGUGGUGAACCUGGCCAACGAGCAGGAGCGGCAGAUCUGCCGCGAGAAGGUGGGCGAGAAGCUCUGCGAGAAGAUCAUCAACAUCGUGGAGGUGAUGAACCGCCACGAGUACCUGCCCAAGAUGCCCACCCAGUCCGAGGUGGACAACGUCUUCGACACCAGCCUGAAGGACGUGCAGCCCUACCUGUACAAGAUCUCCUACCAGAUCACGGACUCCCUGGGCACCUCGGUCACCACCACCAUGCGCCGGCUCAUCAAGGACACGCUGGCGCUGUAGGGCUGGGGUCACCCCGGCAGGGUCACCCCGGCUGGUGGCACCUCCUGGGGGCAAGAGGCUCUGCUUGGAUCCCCUUCUCCACCUCCGGAAAGCCUCUGGAAGGAGCUGGGCUCAGCCUGGCCUGUAAUUGGGGGUUGCUGCUCCUUGGUCUUGUCCGUCCUGGAGAACCGGCUCGGCAGCUCUGGCCUGGCUGAUGACGGGGGUGAGUCCUCGGGGCACGUGUGGCACCGGCUUGGCGUGGCACUGGGGCCUGGCACAGGGGUGCUGGGG